CUGUGUCCACUAAGCGGCAGUAAAGAGAGACGGUUUGGAGGAAGACAAACUAAGAAGCCACGAAGAAGACAUCAAAACAUGGCACUUCUAGUAGAAGUAAGUUGCCUGGAACGUUUCCCCCCACAGUUUAACCCCCUGGAGGUGUUGGUAUUGAAGUCCCACCUGCAGUCCGUUUUCCAAACUGAAACAGACCCGCCAGCGGUUCUCCUCUUCCCGGAGCAGCCUCGGCUCUCAGAGCAGAGAGGGAUUUUACUUCGCCUUCAUCCGACCACUGAGGCGGAGAUAGCCGGUUGCGGCGGGGGAAACUUUUCCACGGCAAACGGGGAGUGCCCGCACCGCGUCCCCUUUUUCACGAGCGAGUCCUUUUUUCGCCACCACCGGCUUAGUUUGCCAAAAUGCUCCGGGACUGCCAGGCCCUUCGAGCCGGUCGGCCUGGACCGAGUGGUGCUGGGUGGCCGCAGCAUCGAAAGCCUUCACUGGGCUCGAGGGGAGCGGUUCACCGGGGAGCUUCUGGAGCUCUGCCGCUCGGGACAGAGGCUGCUGGCGAGGGAGGGAGACCCGCUUCUGCUGCCAAAACAGCCGCUGGACGGAGGGGACCAGGGACAGGUUCUGGGCUCUGUGUCGGAGUUUGUAGUUUUGGAAUGCAGUCCGGCAACUCAGGGGAGGAUAACGGCGGACACCUCGCUGGUUCUAACGGAAUGCUGGGACUCGGCGGACCACUUCGCGCCUCCGCUCUCCUACAGGCUCCCCAGGCUGUGCGUGUCGGACUUUGCCCACUACGCGUGUGGCCUGGGCGGCGGACAACCGCUUCUCGACAACGGCAGGCUGCUGGCCUCGGGCUUCUCCAACGUGCUCGGAGCGUUGGAGUGUCGUCCUGACGUCCGUGUGGUGGACACACGGCAAUGGCGUCGCGUCCGAGACGGACAGGGAGCCACCGUCGACGGGGACAACUGCGUGUUCGUGAGCAAGCAGCUGCUUCUAAAGCUGGGGCUCUUUAACCACGAGUGGGUCCGGUUGUCGAAGCUGGACGGGUCGACCAGAGCACACGCAGAGAGGACCGAUGGCCAGUUGGCCGUGUCCAGAAAGAGGCUGACACGCGUGGUGGUCGUGGAUCCAUCCCUCUCUGCACAGCUGCAGGACCACGAGGACGUGGGUUUCAUAUCGGCAACGCUGUGGUUCAACAUGACAGAGGGAGAGAUGAUUCCUGUCCAGAGCUGCACCUUAAGGAUGAAGAGAUGGAAGCCGUCUCCUCCAGAUCCUCAUCACCAAGGCUCUGAAAGCUUCUGUCGCACAGUAGCUCCACCCUUUGCCGGCCAGCUUCACAUCCAGCCAGUGGUCUCUCCGCAGUACAACCACCUCGGCUGCUAUGACACCCUGCUGGUUGAACACUUCAGCCAUCCCAGAGUGGUUUCACUGGGAGACAUUUUGACGGUUCCAACUGAAAACCAUCCGGACCUUCUCGAAAACAGUUCUGAGGGACUCCACAGGUGUCCAGUGCUGUACUUCAGAGUGAACAAGGUGUGUUUAUCUGCAAAGACUGAGGAGCAAGCAGACGGAGGGGCUUAUCUGGCUGACAGAGUCCACACAACCCUCUACAUGGAAUCCUCCACGAAAAGCCCGGUCCCCUGCCACUCUUCAGAGGGAGUGUCUCUGUGGAGCAGCCUGUCUCCUCCAGGCCUCCACAAAACCGUGGACCGCAUCACCAGCAUCCUACUGCCUCACAUACAGCACAGCAGCUCUCUGUCUGGUUGCACCAUCCUCCUCUACGGUCCUGCAGGCAGUGGAAAGAGAACUGUGGCCAGAGCAGCAAGUCACCGACUGAAUCUCCACCUGCUGAAGGUGGACUGUGUGACUUUGUGCGCUGACACGCCUGCAGCCUGUGAGGUGAAGUUAAUGUCAGUGUUUCAACGAGCUGAAACCUUCAAACCCUGCAUCCUGCUGCUCAGGAACCUGCAGCUACUGCUCAGAGCUCGAGCAGCUGCCGAGGACGACGGCAGAGUCCAGGCAGUUAUGUGCCAGCAGCUCAGGAGCAUCCCACAUAGUGUGUUGGUGAUAGCAACAGUCUGCAGACCACAGGAGUUAUCUGCUGGUGUCACGGGGGUCUUUGUCCACCAAGUGGAGUUAGAGAACCCGACAGAGGAGCAGCGACAUUCCAUGUUGGUCAGCCUGAGCCGAGAACUUCCCCUCGGGAGAGACGUUAACCUGGAGAGAAUCUCCAAACUCAGUUCAGGUUCUGUGUUGGGUGAUCUUAGUGCACUGGUAGUAGAAACUGGAAGAGCUGCUUGCAGGAGAUUGAUCCACACCUGUGAUGGACGGAGCCAGGAAGAUCUGUGUUCCAGCGGUGUGACCAUCUUAAACCAAGACUUCAGCUCCGCACUGGAGAACCUACAGAAAGCGCAGGCCAAAGCUAUUGGAGCACCAAAGAUCCCUAAUGUGCAUUGGGAGGACGUUGGAGGUCUUCAGCAUGUGAAGAAAGAGAUCCUGGACACGAUUCAGCUUCCUCUGCAGCAUCCCGAGCUCUUUACUCUGGGUGUAAACCGGACCGGAGUGCUACUCUAUGGGCCACCCGGGACAGGAAAGACUCUGCUAGCAAAAGCUGUGGCCACUGAGUGCUCCAUGACCUUUCUGAGCAUUAAAGGUCCAGAGCUCAUCAACAUGUACGUGGGUCAAAGUGAAGAAAACAUCAGAGAAGUGUUCCAUAGAGCACGUUCGGCUGCUCCCUGUGUCGUGUUCUUUGACGAGCUGGACUCUUUGGCUCCGAACAGGGGGCGCAGUGGAGACUCUGGAGGAGUGAUGGACAGAGUCGUGUCUCAGCUGCUGGCGGAACUUGACACGCUGCAUUCCUCUGCCGGUGUUUUCGUGAUUGGAGCCACAAAUCGGCCGGACCUUCUAGACCAGUCACUGCUCAGGCCCGGCAGGUUUGAUAAGCUGGUCUACGUUGGAAUCAAUGAGGAUCGACUCACACAGUUGCAGGUUCUCCAGGCCAUCCUCAGAAAGUUCCACUUGGAGCCGUCCAUAAAUCUGCAGGAGGUGGUGCAUCGCUGCCCAACGCAGAUGACCGGCGCGGAUCUUUAUGCUCUUUGUUCGGACGCUAUGACGACUGCCAUCAAGAGGAAAAUCUCCCUCAUCAGCGAUAGUCUGGAUUCAGAGGAGUCUCCUGUCCUUCUCUCCAUGGACGAUUUUUCUACAGCACUGGAAAACUUUAAGCCCUCACUCUCCAACCAGGAGCUGCUUCGAUACGAAAACAUUCAGCAGAAACUCACUGCAAAGUAGAUCGAGCAGUUCUUCAAAAGAGGCAAAUAGAUGGUCAUCUUCCAUCAGCCGGGAUGUUUGAAGAGGCUGAGGAUUUACACGAAUGUUGUAAAAAGACUAAAAAAUGUUAGUUUAUAGAUGGCUUAAAAUGCCAACUACAUAUGAAAAAGUAUUAAAUUAUUGCAAUGAAAUGUAAAUAACAUGUAUAUAAAUUAAUUUCCUAAAUUAUUCAACUAAUAAAUCAAAGAUUUC